UGGCUGGGUGAAGACCAGAAGACGGUCAUCACGCAGACUACGAAGGGGCGCCUGUACCGCAGUACCAAUGGCGGCGAAACCUGGAAUGACAUCACAGACUACUUCAAAGUCGAUGUGCCUGGCUCGGCCCCGCAGCCAUUCACCGCAGAAUCGAUGUCCAAGAGCCCUGCCGAUCCGAACACAAUCCUCGUUUCUGGAAACAAGAAGACCAACUUCAUUUCCAGCAACAG